CCGCUCGCUCACAGUGCCUUUUCCCGGGGAAAUAACCUCGGCCAGGUGAUGGUGAGUUCAUCUCUUGUUAAGUGGUUGCCCUGCUCUGUUGUCCUCAACACCAGGCUUUGAUUGACUAGUGCGAUGGAUGAAGCACAGGAAAGGCUGAAGUUCAUCAGCAGUGCUCAGUAUGUAAGGGAAAUGCCAAACAAAAUGGAUUCACAGCAUGAGACCUCUGUAAGUGAAUGUUCUGGAAGUGAACAGAAAUCUGCCAUCAAAUCUACUGGGAAUAAACGAGGCUUUAAGUUUCCUAUUUUAGACAAGAUAUCAGUCAAGCAAAAGCUGAAACCCAACCUAAGCUUUAAAAAAGUAGAGAAAGAUGUACUWGACCCAAAUAAAGUCACUGCAGAUCUUGGAGUGCCACAGGAUCGUGCAGGCCCAUCAAGUGAGACUGCACUGGAGAACUGGGAAAAAUCUCAAGGAAGAAAGAGUUUAACACAGUACUCUAAGCUCAGUUUAGAUCGCAGGGGGCUUGAGAGAAAAAACAAAAUAGAAAGUGUACCUGCAUGGGCCCAAGCUCAGCCAUCCACAUCUACUGCCCAGGAAGCCCAGGAAGCCAGUGGUUCUUCUGCAGCAAACAGACUGAGUGGUUUGUCACUUCUGCGACACAGAAAAGCACCUUUUAGGUCCAGAGGGAAAAAUUCUUGUUCUGUCCAGCACUUAACCACAGAAGAUUCUCAUGAAGAAAUGGAAGAAAGUAAAGAUGCCAGUUGGUUGGAGAAAGAAAGUCUUUGUUUAAAUGUUAAUCACUUUCCUAGUACUCUGAGUCACAGCCACAGAUCUAGCGAAAUACCCUUAGCACAAGGUGAACAGCAUAGCUUGGAAGAAAGCAUAAACGAUAAAACCACUUCAUCAAGGCGGGGAAAACCUUCCCAUUGGCUUUUAAACAAGAAAAAGUUAUCAGGCAAAGCUACUGAACCACAAAGGAGAAAGUCUAGGGGCACUGACAAGCUGCACCCUCCAGAUGGGAAUUAUAUGGCUACUGGAGGUCCUUCUGACUUUGACUGCAGACCAGCUACUUCGUCACUUCCGAAGACCUGGUCUGUGCUUCCCAUGCCUUUACCACAUUCCACACCUAACAGUCAAGGAUCCUUAACUCAGUCUGCACAGGGACCCGAGUCAUCAACAAACAGGAACUCAACAACAGUUUCUCCACAAACACCAGAUUUGGAUGGUAGUUCAAAGUUCUCUAUGCAUACACCCUUGUGUCUUUUACACCAUAGGGACUCCCUUUCUCCUCCAGGAAACUUUGAUUUUUCAGUGUCCUUUCACAGCGUACCUGAAAACRCCGGUUUACAGGAAGACAGCUUUAACACUUCAUCUCCCAGUGGUGCCUCAGUGAACGUGACAAGCUUACAAAAUUCACUUAGUUCUUUAUCUCUAGAUUCUCCCAGCCCAUCUGGGUUUCAGACGAGGUUCACCCUGAAUUCCCCAGCAUCUUCCACCUUGUACAACCAGUUGCCAUUUGCUUUGCUGGCAGUGUAUGCUUUACAAAAUCUAAAUAGUAGCAUGAGCAACACAACAGUCUCUCAGUCAGCAAGCUCAGAGGAAGCAAGGAAGCCACAGGCAGAUCAAGAGAAACUUAAACAACUACAGGAAAGUCUCCUAGCUGAAGAUUCAGGAGAAGAAGGGGAUCGGUGUCGUAUAUGUCAGAUUGCUGGAGGUUCUCCUACCAAUGCACUGCUAGAGCCAUGUGGCUGUGUGGGAAGCUUGCAGUUUGUUCACGAGAAAUGUCUCAAGAAAUGGCUCGAAACCAAAAUAAAGUCAGGUGCUGAUCUGGGAGCAGUAAAGACAUGCGAGCUGUGUAAGCAGACCCUAAAACUUGAUCUGGAUGAUUUUAAUGUGAAUGAGUAUUACAGAAACCACCACUACUUAGAAGCAGAGAAUGAACUAACAGAUCUAUAUCUUGUGCUGCUUUUUCAUGUUUGGGAUCUCAUGAGACAAAACUACAACCCAACCUCCAGAAACAGGCACUCAAGACAGCCUAGAGCAGAGGAAAAUGAAAGUUCUGAUUGUGACAGAAACAGAUAA